AUGGUCGAGCCCUUCUUGGGAACCUGGAAGCUGGUCUCCAGUGAAAACUUUGAGGAUUACAUGAAAGAACUGGGAGUGAAUUUUGCAGCCCGGAGCAUGGCAGGGUUAGUGAAGCCGACAGUAACUAUUAGUGUUGAUGGGAAAACGAUGACCAUAAGAACGGAAAGUUCUUUCCAGAACACUAAGAUCUCCUUCAAGCUGGGGGAAGAAUUUGACGAAACCACAGCAGACAACCGGAAAGUAAAGAGCACCAUAACAUUAGAGAAUGGCUCAAUGAUUCAUGUCCAAAAAUGGCUUGGCAAAGAGACAACAAUCAAAAGAAAAAUUGUGGAUGAAAAAAUGGUAGUGGAAUGUAAAAUGAAUAAUAUUGUCAGCACCAGAAUCUACGAAAAGGUGUGA